AUGGUUACUCCUACUUUCAAAGACCCAGAAAUUAUUAGAAAAGGUGCCUUAAUCAACGGUGAAUGGAUCACUGAAGGUCCAAAAUUUGAUGUUACAGAUCCAGCAACUGGUGAAGUUAUUGCUCAAUUACCAGAUCAAUCAAUUGAAUCUGUUGAUAAAGCCAUUGAUGUUGCUUAUGAUGCUUUCAAGACUUUUAAAAAUACAACUCCAAGACAAAGAUCUCAAUGGUUAAGAAAUUUAUUUGAUUUAAUGACUGAAUAUAAUGAAGAUUUAGGUAAAAUUGUAUCAUGGGAAAAUGGGAAAUCAUUAGCUGAAGGUAAAGGUGAAGUUAAAUAUGGUGCUUCAUAUUUUGAAUGGUAUGCUGAAGAAGCUCCAAGAGCUUAUGGUCAUACUAUCCAACCUGCAACUCCAACAAAUAGAGCUUUUACUGUGAAACAACCAGUUGGUGUAUGUGGUAUUAUUACACCAUGGAAUUUCCCAAGUGCAAUGAUUACAAGAAAAGCAGGUGCCGCUCUUGCAGCAGGUUGUACUGUUGUUAUCAAACCAGAUGCUCAAACUCCAUUAUCUGCAUUGGCUUUGGGUUAUUUAGCUGAAAAAGCUGGUUUCCCAAAAGGUGUUUUCAAUAUUGUUCUUUCACAAUCUAAAACACCAGAAUUUGGUUUAAAAUUAUGUGAAUCUCCAAAAAUUAAGAAAAUUUCAUUUACAGGUUCAACAAAUGUUGGUAAAAUAUUAAUGAAACAAAGUGCUUCAACUUUGAAAAAAUUAUCAUUUGAAUUAGGUGGUAAUGCACCAUUAUUAAUUUUUAAAGAUGCCAACUUGGAAAAUGCAGUUGAACAAGCUGUUGCAUCAAAAUUUAGAGGUUUAGGACAAACUUGUGUAUGUGCCAAUAGAAUUUAUGUUCAAAAAGAUAUCCUAGAUCAAUUUGUCACCAAGUUCCAUGAACGUGUUUCCAAGUUCACCAUAGGUCAUGGUCUUGAUGAAGGAACAACUCAUGGUUGUAUGAUUAAUACCAAGGCAUUAAGUAAAGUUGAAGAACAUGUUCAAGAUGCUGUAUCAAAAGGUGCACAAAUCAUUGCAAAAGGUGGUCGUCGUACAGAUUUAGGUGAAACUUUUUAUGAACCAACAAUUUUAUCUCAAGUUACUCAAGAUAUGAAAGUUGCUAAAGAAGAAACAUUUGGUCCUCUUGCUGCAAUCAUACCAUUUGAUACACCGGAACAAGUUGUAUCAUGGGCAAAUGAUGUUGAUGUUGGUUUAGCUUCAUAUGUUUUUUCUGAGAAUUAUGCAACAUUAUAUAGUGUUAGUGAAGCUUUAGAAACUGGUAUGGUUUCAUGUAAUACUGGUAUUUUCACUGAUUGUGCAAUUCCAUUUGGUGGUGUUAAAGAAAGUGGAUUUGGUAGAGAAGGUUCAUUAUAUGGGUUAGAUGAUUAUAUGGUUAUUAAAGUUGUUAAUUUAGGUAAUAUUCCAAAAUUACAAGUGUGA